AAAAUGUCAAAACCCGGAAACUUUGCACAGCAACAGCAACCUACAUUUGAUGAAACGCCAGCUCAACCAGAGAAUGUAGAGUUAAAGCUUGCCUCUACCGGAAACUUUGAUUUAAGCCAGGCGUAUGGAAAUGAUCGCCGCACACAAAGUGGAAAAUUUACUCUAGCUCAACUUAGGGCUACUGAAGGAAUUUGUCCACUCCAGAACGGCACAAACCAAUUUGACUCGCAAAAGUUGAUGACCGGUUUCGGAACUCCACGUGACGUUAAAGGCAAACAUUUAAAACGUAUUUGGGAAUUAGAGUUCCCAGAGGAGGCAGCCGAUUACCAGCCACCACCAGUCAAUGCUGCUCCACAGCAAUUCCAACAACAACCAUUCUCGCCAACCCAGCAACAACAGCCACAACAAUUCCAGCAACGUGCUGGACAGCCACAGCAACAAUUUGCUCAACAACCACAACAACGUCCCGGUCAGCCACAACAACAACAACAACAACAACAACAACAACAACGACAAGCUGCACCACAACCACCACAAAAAAGUCCAAAUGCUGCUGCCCCAAACUUUCGUUAA